AUGAGACUCCAAGCCCUGACUCUGUCUCUCCUCGCUGCCGCCGGCCUCGCAUCUCCCAUCCGCAGUGCGGCCAGCGAGGAGCUCUACACUCUGCGUCUCUCCUCAGCAGACAAGUCUCUUGAUGGCCGGUACCUCACCACGAUCCCGGACUCGGGCAACGCAAAUACCACCGCCCUCGUCGUCUACACCUCGUCCUCGAAGCCCGGUGACGCGUUCAUCAAGUUCCACCCCGUCGUCAACCCGUCCACCAAGCUGGCGGAGCUUCGCACCCCUUCGUCGUCGUCGAACGUCGCCCUCGCCGUGGUAGGCACCAACGGCCUGUUCGACUUUGCUAGCGUGGCCGACCCCGACGACACCGCGGACGACCUACCCGAGGGCACGAAGGUGGACUGGACCUCAUUCCGCCUGCACCAGGAGGGAGACAUCGGGACGGUCGAGUAUGAGGGCGAUGAUGAUGCAGUGGCCGAGGGAAACUGGUUUGCUUUCCCUAUCAGAGUAAGCGAGGCGACUAAGGAGGGGGAGGCAUGGGGUGUCAAAUGGAAGGAUGGAAGUGCCUGGACGACGACGGACUACUUGCCGGUGAAGGUCGUGUACGAGCCCGCGUACGUGAUCGCAAAGGAUGAGUAG